AUGGUUCAAGAUAUCGAAAAAUCACCUAUUGCUAGUAUAAAGUCAGCAUCUUCAACUUCUACAACUGAUAUUUCAGAUCUUCAAUCCAGUGAUGUGGUAUUGAAUAAGAAGAUGAAGUUAGUUCAAGAUGCUAUUGAUGAGAUUGGGUUCACACCUUACCAUUUAAAAUUAUUAUUCUUAAAUGGUAUGGGGUAUGCUACAGAUUCUCAAUUGUUGAUGAUUGAAAGUUCUGUCAGACAAUAUAUAAAUUUUCAAUUUGGUCAAGAUUUCCCAAUAUCUAAUGAAGCUAUGGUAAUCGGAGGUAUUGCAGGUGCUUGUUUAUUUGGAUUUUCAGCUGAUUUAAUCGGUAGAAGGUUAGCUUUCAAUAUCUCAUUAUUCUUAUCGGGAUUAUUUUGUAUUAUAACAGGAGCUAUGAAUAGUUUAGCUACUUAUUGUUUAUUUGUAGCGUUAUCAAGUUUAUGUUUCGGAGGUAAUUUGGUUUUGGAUACUGUUUGUUUCUUGGAAUUUUUACCAUUUAAAAAUAAUUUACAAAGUUUGGUUACUUUGUUAGCAGCAUUCUGGGGGAUUGGACAAUCAGUAGCUGUUUUAAUUGCUUGGGCUUUCUUACCAAAUAAUAGUUGUGAAGGUCCUGAAAAUUGUGAUUCUGCUGAUAAUAGAGGUUGGAGAUAUACCUGGUAUGUUAAUGGAGCCAUUGUUUUAGUAUUAGCAGUUGCUAGAGUUACAGUUAUUAGUUUAGAAGAAACUCCUAAAUUCUUGGUUUCCAACUCUAGAGAUGAAGAAGCUUAUCAAAGUUUAAAGAACAUUGCUGAUAAAUACAACAGACCUAUGUCGUUAACUUUGGAAAAAUUACAAGCAUGUGGAGAAAUCACUGCUAAUGAAGAUUAUAGAAAAAAUCAAUCAGUUAAAGGAACUUUGAAAUUGAUGGGUGAACAUUUAUCAGUGUUAUUUUCCAAUAAAACUAUGAUCAGACAUACUUCAUUAUUGUUCUUAUCAUGGUUGAUUUUAGGUAUUUGUUAUCCAAUUUUCUAUGCUUUCUUACCAACAUAUUUAGCUACUAGAGGGGUGAAUAUUUCUGCUGAUACUGUUUAUGGAGUGUACAGAGAUAAUGUUAUUUCAAAUGUUUGUUCAAUUGGUGGACCCAUUAUUGCUUGGCUUUUACUUUUCUACGUACCAGUAUUAGGUCGUAGAGGGGUUCUUUUCAUUGGUGCUAUUGCCUCAUCAGCUUUCUUCUUUGGUUAUACUCAAAUUAAGAAUCAUGCUCAGAAUGUAGCAUUAUCAUCAGCAGCUUAUUGCGCUUUAUAUAUCUAUUUUGGAUGUCUUUAUGCUUUCAGUCCUGAAACCAUGCCUGCUAUGGCAAGAGCUACUGGAAAUGCUUGUUGUAUCAUGAUUACCCGAUUUGGACAAAUUUUUUCGCCUAUUAUUGCCUAUUAUUCUGAUACUUCAUCAUCAGCUCCAUUAUUCGUUUGUGGUGCUUUGAUUGCCAUAAAUGGGAUCAUAGCUUUAGGAUUCCCAUUGGAACCAAGUAAAAAUAGACCAAGUUAA